AUGCCCCAGACGGCCACCAUAAGGAGUCACCCGUUUAACUCCCACACUCCGCCCUCCAUAUCCAGCGCGCGACCGGCUGAGCACAACGCUGAUCUUGAUGAGCGCAUAAAACAACUCGACUCGCGUGUAUUCGAGCUUCAAUCUACCGUCCUUACUAAGGAUGGCUAUGUUGACCGCCGGAACCGCGAGGAUGACCACAUCCGUCGCGAAAUGGAGACCCAACGUGCUACCUCCCACCUUAUUGACCUCAACGUCAUGGCACUGCGCUCUGAUGUCGCCCAGAUAAACUCGCGCUUGGACUCAGUGGACUCGCGUUUGGACUCUAUGGCGUCGCACAUGAGACUCUCUGACCGUGUCCGUUUCAACUCUCUCGCCCACACCAUUUCUGCGCCCAUCAGCUCUGUUCCUGUCAUCACUGAGAGCGGUGCUCUUGAAUGGCCCAAAUACUUUCCGCGCACGGUUUGGAAGUUCUGGUGUCUCAAAAACAGAAAUCGAGUUCAUCGCUUGGUUGAACUCGCGGAAUUUUACCAACUGGGUGGUUACAAGGAUUGGUCUCGUAUGCAGCAGACCGACAUAUUUGCCGACAGCGACUCAAGUGACUCCAGCGAUGAAUCAGCCGUUAUAACUCGAGAAGAAGCCGUUCGUCGCUUCCCCGAAACCGCACAUCGAGUACUCGCCGCCACUCUAGGUCUUGUGUACUACAAGAUUCGCAAUGAGGUGGGCGAAGGCCCUGAUGCCAUGCCUUCUCGUCCGUUGAAGCGUCAACACGAAAAACAUGCUUCCGCAAGUCCACGCUCCAAUGCUAAGCAUGUAAAGAUGCCACGUACACUCAGUGUAUCUGACACUUACUGGCGACGGUUAAUCAAUGGCACCCCUGUGCCUGAGUCUCAGUCAUCCGGCUCCGAGGAGCUUGACGAGUUAGGAUGGAAUCCAUUUUCAGAUGUCUCCGAGGACGCGAUGAGCAAGCUGCGAUCAAUUGAGCCGCAAGACAUUGGAGCUGUCCUUCGUGCUUUGGAACAAGGUCGUCUCAAAUUAAAACCCAGUAAUUCCGAAAAGGCGGGCAUGUCUCCCGCUGAGACCAAGGCGUCCAAGGUCAGCCAUGGACGAUUAGCCAAGUCAGUUGAAAAGUCUGAUGUGCCUACCGAGCCACAAACUCCUACCCAGCCUAUUUCAUCACCGUCUCGCAAGGCUAAGUCAGGUCCUGAGACUGCAUGCAGUUCCAAUUUGGAUAGUGCAACAACUUGA